ACAACAGCCGCUCAGUCCGGACCAACACACACCGUCACCGCGUGUGGGCAGGAUUUUACCGGGAUCUACGGGUUUGCACCGGGUUUCUGACCAUCUGGAUAUUUACGGUCUGACUCCGGUAAAGUUCAGACACGUCUCACCGCUUCUCAAACUCAAACGGCAGCUGAUUCGGACGCGGUGGAUUAUCGGUGGAUGCUCCGUGGAUGCUCGCCGGUGUACGUGUCCGCACCGGGGCUGUCAUCGGCGGAGCGGCGCCUUCUGACGCGCAAAAGCGAAACGAGAUCCAGGCGUCUCCGUGAGUGCGACGACGAAGAGGGAAAUGGAACCGACCGAUUGGAUUUAAUGUGGGAGUGAUACCGGCUGGAGUACCGGACGGACAGACCGACGGAAACACGGACGGAAGCAGCGACAGAAACAGACAGACACACCGACUGAAACACCGACUACACCAGGAAUGGCCCUGGACGUCCGUCAACAGUCGGCUGUGUUCGUCAUAUCAGCUGAUACCAGCGCCUCUGUUUCUGUUCCUGUCUGCGUGGGAGUGGGAGAAGUGGAGGCUGUGAUCAGUCAACCUGUGGCACAGAGACAGCACCCAACAGGUUCCUCCUACGUAUGACUCCAACAUGGACCACAUCAUCUACUGCCUGCUGGUCCUGGGAGCCACAGUGACCAUCACUCACGCGUGCCCCAAGUACUGCUCAUGCCAGAAUCUGUCCGAGUCCCUUGGGACACUGUGUCCCUCCAAAGGCCUUCUUUUUGUGCCUCCAGACAUCGACCGCAGCACAGUGGAGCUCCGGCUGGGAGGCAACUUCAUCCUACGGGUGACACAGCAGGACUUUGCCAAUAUGACAGACCUGGUAGAUCUGACCCUCUCCAGGAACACAAUCAGCUACAUCCAGCCUUUCUCUUUUGGAGACCUGGAAACCCUGCGCUCACUUCACCUGGACAAUAACCGCUUAACGGAGCUCGGCCCUGAUGACUUGCGAGGCUUGAUUAACCUACAGCACCUCAUUGUCAAUAACAACCAACUGGGGCGCAUCCAUGACAAAGCUUUUGAGGAUCUAGCUCCUGCCUUGGAGGAUCUGGACCUAUCCUACAACAACUUGAUGUCUUUACCCUGGGACACGGUCCGUCAGAUGAUUAACCUGCACCAACUCAGUCUGGACCACAAUCUGUUGGAUUACAUCCCAGAGGGCACCUUUACUGACCUUGAGAGACUGGCAAGAUUGGAUCUGACUUCAAAUCGACUGCAAAAGCUACCCCCAGAUCCUAUCUUUGCUCGAGCCCAGGACUCAAUGAUUUUGACCACACCGUAUGCUCCACAGCUGUCCCUGAGCCUUGGUGGGAACCCCUUGCACUGCAACUGUGAGAUGCUAUGGCUACGGAGGCUAGAGAGGGACGACGAUCUAGAAACUUGUGCUUCACCUCCUGCCCUGAAGGGACGUUACUUUUGGAAUGUAAAGGAGGAGGAGUUUGCAUGUCAGCCACCCCUCAUUACCCAGCAUACUCACAGGAUGUUGGUCUUAGAGGGACAAACAGCUAGCCUAAGGUGUGAAGCUACUGGGGACCCGUCACCUACCAUUCACUGGAUUGCUCCUGAUGACCGGCUUCUUGGCAACUCCUCCCGAACUUCAGUGUACAGAAAUGGAACCCUAAGCAUCACCAUCACCACCUCCAAAGACUAUGGAACCUUUACUUGCAUCGCAGCAAAUGUGGCUGGGGAGUCUACGGCCUCAGUGGAGGUAUCAAUUGUCCAGCUCCCUCAUAUCAGCAAUGGCACCGGGCAGCCGGCGCAGCCCAAAUCCCGUCUCUCUGACAUCACAGGCACCACAAGGAUCAGCAAAGGGGCUCCAAAGAACCCCCCAGAGAAGGCAGUGAGUGUGUCUGAGGUGACGGCAGUGUCCGCACUGGUCAAGUGGUCAGUAAGCAAGUCAGCGCCCAAAGUGAAGAUGUAUCAACUCCAGUACAACUGCUCUGACGAUGAGGUGCUGAUCUACAGGAUGAUCCCUUCUUCCACCAAAUCGUUCCUAGUGACGAACCUGGUUUCUGGAACCCGUUAUGACCUGUGUGUUCUGGCCGCCUGGGACGACACCGCCACAACGCUAACUGCUACCAACGUGGUGGGCUGCGCCGGCUUCUUCACCCAGGACCACUACCCUCAGUGCCGGUCGUUGCCUGGCCAACUGCUGGGAGGGACCAUGAUCCUGGUGGUGGGGGGGGUCAUCGUUGCCACCCUGCUGGUCUUCAUCGUCAUCCUCAUGGUGCGCUACAAAGCUACGGACACCGAGCCCCCCAUGGGGAAGCUGAGCGUCAGUGACACCCACUGUCAGACCAACGGGGGGCGGCUGGUUCAGAACGGACUCCUCCUUCCACAGUCCCAGGUCCAGUCCCAGGUCCAGGCCCAGGUCCAGUCCCAGCUCCAGGCCAAAGUCCUGAUGCAGGAGGAGGCGGUGGAGUUUAAGUGCGGCUCCCUCCAGAGCAGCCUCACCUCCUCCUCCUCCUCUUCGGGCUCCACGGCCACAGGCUCCUUCAGUCCCAACACCACCCUGGCCAGUAUCUGGAGGUCCGCUGCCCCUAAGCCCCGGACCAACCUGGACCACCUGCUGGGGGCCUUCACGUCCCUGGAGCUGCGAGGGGGCCCGGGCCGUGACCCGGGUGUCUGCGCUAGCUCCACGAUGCCGAGUGCAGCCAAAGCUCAGACGGACCGGGAGCCGCUGCUGGGCCGGACUCUGGAGUCCAGCCUAAGCCGGAUCCUCAUGCUCCCUUUGGACCCCAGACCCAAACGGAGCCAGUCCUUCGACAUGGGAGACGUAACCAGUGCCAGCGCCACCCAGCUGUGCACCAAACCACGAAGAAUCAGCAGCAUCUGGACUAAGAGGAGCCUGUCCGUUAACGGAACACUACUGCAGUGUGAUGAGGAGGGGGGGGACACUGAGGGGGGGGGCAGCGGAGGAAGCAAGGGGACGAUAGACAGUACGGACUGGGUGAUGGAGAGCACAGUGUAGGACUGAGGAGGGACCCACACGGACAGGCUACAGCCAUGCCAACACAGACCCCCUGGUCUAAGACAGACCCCCUGGUCUAAGACAGACCCCUGGUCUAAGACAGACCCCCUGGUCUCAGAGCCUUAGUCCAGUCCACCUCCAGUUGACGGGGUUUCAGCCAAAUCUGAACGUUGGUAUGAACCUGUGGAUUCUUUUGCCUCAUCCUUUGAACAGAAACUGACUGACGAUGUGUUGUUGAGCACUGAGUGGAACUCCUGUGUAUCUCAGAUAUAUGUGGUCAGAAUGGACCAAAAAAAUGUCUAUUAAAAUGUGUAAUGAAAUUUUA